CCUGCACAAACAUUUCUUAAUGUUGGCUUUAUAAACCAACACAUAGCUGCCAAACGAGAGGAAAGCAGCUACACCAACUGAAACAAUGCUUCCUUUAAUACUCAUAUGUGUAAGCACAUAUUUGACGUUAUCCUCAGCCGCCACCACAUUCAUGGAUGACAGAGCACUGAUACGUCACAAGAGACAGGCCUACUAUGUGUGUGGAACUUACCCAAAUCAGUAUCAAUCAACAACUCCAUGCCCUACACAGACGACUUGUCCCAAUGGAGGUCGUUUCUUGUACGUAGGCUGCAGGUUUUCUGCUCAGUGCACUCUAUACUAUAGUGGUAUGAGUACAUGUAUAAAUGGAUGCUGCACUGUGCCCACAAUACCCACAAUGCCGCCUUCAACAGAUCGCUUCGGCUUUUGUCCGUCUGGACAAUUGUCGGAAGUUCGAUGCAGUGGUCGUUAUCAGUGCCAAGCUGGUCAAACCUGUAUGACUGGACUGUGCUGCACAACCAUUGGUAACGAACGGAACGUGGCUUGUGGUGGACUGGCAGCACUGGCUUCGUGUAACAGCGGAACGUGUACUACAGGAGUUUGCACUGCAUCAAACUACUGCUGUAAAUGCCUGGUAGGCAGAAGUUCGGGACGUUGCAGUAAUGGUAUUUGCCCUGCAGGAUUCGCCUGCAAUAAUGGUUUCUGUUGUCCGCAAUGUCCUAACAAUGUGAUGCCAUUUGGAGCAUGUCGAAAUGGUAUCUGUGGAGGAGGAAAAACAUGUCGAACCGGCAACAUAUGCUGCUGAUAGUUCUAUACAAGAAUGAAAUUAUGGAAUUGAUCGCAUCACACAACAUUACCU